AUGGAAGAUAAAAGUGACAGCCUCAACCAUAGCAGCUGGAGAGCUGAGGAAGCUAUUGCUGGAAACUUUGAAGCUCUCCAGCUUCUAAGAGAACUCAUAACCUACCCUAUUCUAUACUCUCAAGAGUCUCGCAAACUCGGCCUUAGAUGGCCUCGUGGUUUGCUGCUCUAUGGCCCUCCUGGCACCGGAAAGACAAGUUUGGUCAGAGCGGUAGUUCGUGAAUGUGGUGCCCAUCUUAUAGUCAUUAGCCCACAUUCUGUCCAUAGGGCACAUGCUGGAGAGAGUGAGAGAGUUUUAAGGGAGGCCUUUACUGAAGCAUCAUCUCAUACCAAAUCCGGAAAGCCAUCAGUUAUAUUUAUAGAUGAAAUUGAUGCGUUAUGUCCUCGUAGAGACUCAAGAAGAGAGCAAGACAACCGUGUAGCAUCCCAGCUCUUUAUGCUUAUGGACUCAAAUAAAUCUUCAUCAACAUCUGGAUCUCAUGUGGUUGUGGUGGCUUCAACUAAUAGAGUGGAUGCUAUUGAUCCUGCACUUAGAAGGUCUGGGCGUUUUGACACAGAGGUUGAAGUUACUACACCUACUGAAGAGGAACGCCUUCAAAUUCUUAAGCUUUAUACGCAGAAGCUUCUGUUAGAUCCCACUGUUGACAUACAAGUAUUAGCUGCAUCUUGCAAUGGGUACGUCGGAGCAGAUAUUGAAGCUUUAUGUCGCGAGGCUGCUUUAUCCAUGGUUAGAAGAACUUCAGGUGCAAGUUUUAGUGGCAACUCAUGCACUAUUACAAUUGAGGAUUGGAAACACGCCAGGUCCAUUGUUGGGCCAAGUAUAACUAGAGGUGUUACAGUUGAAAUCCCUAAGGUUUCUUGGGAAGACAUUGGGGGUCUACAUGACUUAAAGAAAAAGCUCCAGCAAGCUGUAGAGUGGCCGUUGAGACAUUCUGCUUCUUUUUCAAGGCUUGGAGUGUCCCCUGUCCGUGGAAUUCUCCUUCACGGUCCCCCAGGUUGCUCGAAAACAACUCUGGCUAAAGCUGCUGGUCAUGCUGCCCAAGCUUCUUUCUUUUCCUUGAGUGGUGCAGAACUUUAUUCAAUGUAUGUGGGUGAAGGUGAAGCUUUGCUGCGUAACACAUUCCGUCGAGCCCGUCUUGCUUCACCAAGCAUAAUAUUUUUUGACGAGGCUGAUGUUGUUGCUGCUAAGCGAGGAGGGAGUUCGAGUGGCAGCUCAAAAGUAGGUGAGAGACUAUUAUCCACGCUACUAACAGAGAUGGACGGUUUGGAGCAAGCAAAAGGAAUUCUAGUGUUGGCUGCUACAAACCGCCCCAAUGCCAUUGAUGCUGCGCUGAUGCGACCAGGACGCUUUGAUCUGGUGCUUUAUGUUCCGCCACCAGAUUCGGAAUCUCGCUAUGAAAUUCUUCGUGUUCAUACCCGCGAUAUGAAAUUGGAUCCUGAUGUAGAUCUUAGCCUGAUAGCUGAAGAAACAGAACUGUUCACAGGGGCGGAGUUGGAGGGGUUAUGCAGAGAGGCUGGAAUUGUAGCUCUGAGAGAAGAUAUAUCAGCCACUGUUGUAUGUAAUCGCCAUUUCCAAAAGGUUCGGCAAUCUCUGAAGCCAGCGUUGACAAUGGAAGAAGUUGUCAGGUACUCCUCAUUCAUGAAGAAUCCCUUCUUGAAGUCAACUAGUACAAGUUAA